AUGGGUGCCACUCGGUACAAUGCCUCGGCUUCAUCGUCAGAGAAGAAGCGUCUUAGAGACCGUCGGGCGCAACAGAACAUGCGUCAGAAAAAAGAGAAUUUGAUCAAGUCUCUCGAAGACAAAGUCGAAUUCUGCGAGCGACAUCACACCGGUGGCUCGAUCCAAGAGUACAUGGAGACCAUCGAGAGCCUCCGCAGGGAAAACGAGGCCCUUCGCGACGAGAUUCAAUCGUUGAAAGCAGUCCCAAGUUUUCUGCCGGAUGAUUCGCAGUUUCCAACAUCUUCAUCAAUAACUGGACCUAUCCAAUUAUUCGGGGACCUGGACCAUCCAGAGAAAACACAUUCUUCACAGGAGACGUCGUCAACACAGACAUCUGAAACGAGCUGGGACCUCGCACCGAUCGGUCCUGGCGAGCAAGGAAGACUCUUGGGGCAGGUCUUGAGCCAUCUGAGCAAUUCAUCUUUUCUAGCCCCUCCACUCAUUUCGGACGAGGCGUUGCACUUCCCCAGAGCGUCAUUUCCCGACCUAGCUCAAACAAUACCGAAUUCCGAUCCCAUUUCGUGUUUGGUUCCGAUAAGCUCCUACGGCGACAAUGCAUUCCUUUUACCCGGUCACUGUCCAUGGUUGUCAUAUCCAGAACUCAUUGCUGGCUGUUCACCAUUACCGUCCCCGCUCGAUAUCCUUCACGGCACUAAGCAUAACUUCUUGGCUGACCAGAUCAACCAACGCAUGCGACUACGUCGGGUUCUGGACCCCGAGUGUCUAGGAUUUGGCUGGCUUUGCUAUCUGUUCAGCAAAUGGCGAACCACUCCGAAUCCCACGACAUUUGCGCGGCUUCCACCGUUCAUGCACCCGGUCGUGGCACAAUUUCAGCGGGGCUACCCUAACGCCUUAGACCUUCCCGUGUGGCCGCAAUUGCGAAGGAAUCUGAUCAAAAAUUGGCGUCGAUACGACUAUUUUGAGCUAGUCGGCUAUUUGUCCUGUUGUGCGAGGGUCCGGUGGCCCUUUGCUGAACCGAUCCUCGAGCGCGAUGCUAGUGACAAUUUGCAAAUACGACAGGACUUCUUAGACACUGUGACCCGGGAGAGUGGGUGGGGCCUGGCGUCGGAAUUCAUUGAGAAGUAUCCCGAGCUAUUGGAGGGAAUGGAUGUUGAGGCUGUUAGGUUCCGGAUGGAUGUGCUCUAA